AAGCAAAACAUGCUUGGAAGCCGAGUGAUGCAGGCAUGGACUGGCACUUUCGCCCUGACCCAGGAACUACACUCACGCUCCAAAUACGACUUUUAAUGUAGUUAUUUACAUUUUGGGAAGCAUCUUCAAGUGGAUUACAUCGCAACUCGGACAUCAACAACUCAUUUGGCGGGUCACUGCGGUGUGCCUGGACGAUGAGCCCCACGACUUCUACCUACCAUAAGGUCGUAAAAGGGAAAGCAAGCGGAGUCAUUUGCCAAGACUAGACUAAGCGAGAAGAUCCCCACGAGCGCGGAACCAUGCCCCUGCCCUUUGGCUUGAAACUCAAACGUACGAGAAGGUACACAGUUUCCAGCAAGAGCUGUCUGGUCACUCGCAUUCAGCAGCUCAAUGGAGAGUUUGUGGAGUUCACGCUGUCAGUGGAGAGUACAGGACAGGAAUGUUUGGAGGCGGUUGCCCAGAGACUGGAGUUAAGAGAGAUAACAUACUUCAGUCUGUGGUACUUCAACAAGCAGAACCAGCAGAGAUGGAUCGACCCGGACAAGCCCCUGAAGAAGCAGUUGGACAAGUACGGGGCGGAGCCAACAGUUUACUUCGGGGUUGUGUUUUACAUCCCAAGUGUGGCGCAACUGCAGCAGGAGAUCACCAGAUACCAGUAUUAUCUCCAGCUGAAGAAGGAUGUUCUGGAGGGCCGGAUCUCAUGCACUUUAGAACAGGCCAUCCGCUUGGCUAGCCUCGCUGUGCAAGCGGACUUUGGUGACGUAGACCGCUACGAUUCCCAGGAGUUCCUUCAGAAAUGUGCGCUUUUCCCCAUAGAUUGGAUCCAGGAGGAGCGAGUGCUGGAGGAGGCCACUCAGAAGGUGGCCCUUCUCUAUCAGUCCUACAGAGGUUUGCCCGCCCCGGAGGCUGAAAUGUUGUACAUGCAAGAAGUGGAGAAAAUGGAGGGCUAUGGCCAAGAGAACUACCAAGCCAAGGACCACACCGGCACUGACGUGACCCUGGGAUCAUGCCUUGAUGGGAUCUUUGUCAAGCACAAAAACGGCAGUCCUCUUAAUUUAUUUAGGUGGAACGACAUUAACAACAUGAGUCACAACAGGUCUUUCUUUGCCCUGGAGCUGCUCAACAGAGAGGAGAGUGUUCAGUUCCAGACCGAAGACAUGGAAACGUCCAAGUAUGUUUGUCGCAUGUGUCUGGCCAGACUCAAGUUUUACAAGAUCAACAAAAGCAGCCUGGAGGAGUGUGAACCCCAGCCUUCUGAGGGCUCCCAGAAGUCCCUCCUCACUCUAUCUUUUCCUCGUUUUUCAAUGCUCUCUCGCCCCUCUCCAUCUUCCAAUAAGGGACAAACACAGCCCACAGUUGUCAACACGGUCAGACGGCGGUCGUCAACCAGAUUGUCUUUGCCGAAGCCUCAGGGCUACAUGAUGCCCCCACCACAAAUGCACUACAACGGCCACUUUACAGAACCCUACAGCUCAUCGCAAGACAACCUGUACAUGAACAGCCAAAAUGGAUAUUACUACCACUCCCAAACCAGCCUGGACUGCCCGCCCAUGGAGUAUGGCAGCGGGGGGCGCUUGCGUAACGGCAGCGUGUACAGCGCCCACAGCACCAGCUCUCUGACCAACCCGCAGCACUACCUUCAGCCAUCGCCCAUGUCGUCUAACCCCUCAAUCACAAGCGACAUCACCAGGCCCGACUACAUCCCGUCGCAUCGCCACAGCGCCCUAAUCCCACCUUCCUACCGCGCCACUCCCGAUUAUGAGACGGUGAUGCGGCAGAAGAAUCGAGGCGGCGGGAGGAUUUUAUCUCAAGAGCACCGGCAGAGCCACUCCAUGAGGAACCUGAACAUCGGGAACUCGUACGCCUACAGCAGGCCGGACCCUCUCGUUUACAGCCAGCCGGAGAUCAGAGGGGAGCAUGGCGGCACUGUUCAGCAGCACCACCAUCACUAUCCCUUCCAAACGGGCAGCAGCUUCCACAGCCCGUCACCAUACCACCCUUACCCCACUGAGAGGAGACCUGUGGUUGGGGCGGUCAGUGUCCCAGAACUCACUAACGUCCAGCUACAGCAAGUUCAAGAGUAUCCGGCCCCCAACAUAAUGAGGACACAGGUGUACAGACCACCACCGCCGUACCCGUAUGCGCAUCCCCGGCCUGCUAACAGCACGCCGGACCUGUCACGUCACCUCUACGUCAGCAGCAGCAACCCUGACCUGAUCAUCACGCGUCGUGUGCAUCACUCGGUCCAGACUUUCCAAGAGGACAGCCUGCCUGUUGCUCAUUCCUUGCAAGAGGUAUCCGAGCCUCUUCUGAGCGGACCACCGCACAGACCGACUUACCACGGCCAAAAGCGCAACUCCAUCGAGGUUGCUGGGCUAGCACAGAGCCUGGAGGGGAUAAGGCUCAAAGAGCGGCACAUGUCUUCAUCAGCGGCCGAAGCUGCAACACCUCCCCCGGUCCCACAGGUAGGUCGCUCGCAAGGUUCUCAGCUCAACGUCUUCUUGGAGCGCACAAAGACGGCAGACAAGGCCGACGCAAAGGACGAUGUGCAGUACGGACACAAGAAAUCUCUCUCUGACGCUACCAUGCUGGUGCACAGCAGCGGUGAGGAUGAAGAGUUUGAGGAAGACACAGGGCGCCACACGCCGCUCUCUCAUGAUGCCAUAGCCGCCAUAAUUCCCGAACAGCCACCACCACCACCACUGCAGCAGCAACAUCACGCCUUUAUAGCGCCAUCUCAACAGCAGACUCCCCUUGAGCCCCCUCCAGCAUAUCCGAUCGGCUCGACCAUGGACCCCUCGCUAGCUGCCGCCCUCACCUACAAGGUUCACCCGCUGAUCCAAGAGAAGGAGCCCCCGUACCUGCCUCAAACCAGAAUCAUGCCGUCUGUGUCGGAGGGAGACCUAAGUGGUGAAGCUAAGCACAAAUCAAAGAAAGACUUCAAGAGGCGACCAGUGGCUGAUGUACCUCAGGCGAAGAAGACCAUCGAAGGUUUACCCCCUCCGGGCAUGAAGAGCGUACGGUUGAACAUGAGAAAGAUGGGCCCUCUGAAGGUUGCCCAUCUCAAUGGCCUGUCGGUGUCGAGGCACCCUGCACAGAGCGAUGUGAAGGACGAGCCCGAACAAGCCUCCAAUGAUGAGAAGUGUAAAGACCUGGAGCGACACAUGGAGAUGGGCGAGUUGCUGAAAGAGUACGAGAGCGUCCCCAAGUCUCGCCCGUCUGGGGAGUGCACCGUCGCCCAGAUGCCGGAAAGCGCCGACAAGAACCGCUUUCAGGAUGUGCUGCCAUACGACGACACUCGCGUGGAGCUGGUCCCCACCAAGGAAAACAACACUGGCUACAUCAAUGCAUCGCACAUUAAAUUGAAUGUUGGAGGACACGAGUGGAACUACAUCGCCACCCAGGGGCCCCUUGUCAACACAUGCCAGGACUUCUGGCAGAUGGUGUGGGAGCAGGGUGUCGCCAUCAUCGCUAUGGUCACGGCCGAAGAGGAGAGUGGCAGAGAAAAGAGCUUCCGCUACUGGCCACGGCUGGGCUCCCGACACAACCCGGUGACCUAUGGCCGCUUCAAGAUUACCACACGCUUCCGCACGGAGUCGGGCUGCUACGCCACGACGGGCCUGAAGAUCAGACACCAGCUGACGAACCAGGAAAGAACGGUGUGGCACCUGCAGUACACCGACUGGCCCGACCACGGCUGUCCUGAGAACCUGAAAGGUUUCCUCACCUACCUGGACGAGAUCCAGUCCGUGAGGAGACACACCAACAGCACCAGCGACGUGAAGACUAACCUACCCGUGCUGGUGCACUGCACCGCCGGAGUGGGCCGCAGCGGCGUGGUCAUCCUGUGCGAGAUCAUGAUUGCCUGUCAGGAGCACAACAAGGCGCUGGAGGUCAGGAGCGCCCUGCUAAAGCUGCGCAACCAGAGGAUGAUGAUGGUCCAGACCUUGUCCCAGUACAACUUCAUCUACAAGGUGCUGAUUCAGUACCUCCAGAACUCCCGCCUCAUCUGACACCCCCAACAGCAGCUGCCACGUGGUCCAAUGUGUAGGCUUGGUGCCAAAAAACCUACGAAGCGCCCACUGCAAAAAUGUGCUAUUGGCUGCACAGAGUGAAGGAGCUCUACUUCUUAACAGUAUUAUUGUGUUUUUACGUCAAACAUUGCUUAAUAAAAGCACUUUUGCUGUACAUA